UGAAGCAGCCGAGAUAGAAGCAAAAAUAACUUCAACAGAGAGAGACGUUGAAACAGUAGGAACGAUGGAAAAAAUAACUGGGAGACAGAUACAAAGACAACAAAAGACAAACUGAAAUAAAAAAAAAUACAUUCAGUUGGAGUGUGACCAGAACCAGGACUCAUCUGACCCAGAACAGGACCAGUACUGGGGGGGGCUGAAUCGCAAUGGACUAUGAACCCAAGAAAUCCAAGAAGAGUUUUGUCUCACCUAUUAAGCGGCUUGUCUGGUCAAAAUCUGGUCGCAGGCCGGUGGAUCGAGGCAGCGUUUACCGACGCCCGCUGCACACUGUCCCUCUCUAUCCCCCGGACUACCUCAUCCACCCUGAGAGACUCAUCUUCGACUAUGUAGAGAAGGAGGUCAAGUUCCUUGGUCACCUGACCUGGGUGUCGGUUUCACUGAACCCCUCCAGCCGAGACGAGCUGCUUCAACUAUUGGACACAGCCAGGCAGCUGAAGGUGCUGCCGUUGAAGACCAGCGUGGAUCAGGACUGUAUUCUGAGUCUGUCCGCUCGCUGUCUGCUGCUGACGUGGAGAGACAACGAGAAGCUGCUGGUGAGGAUUCCCACACAUGAGAUCGCUGCUGCCUCCUACCUGAGAGACGACGCACUGCACCUGCUGGUCCUCAAGACAGGUCUGAACGUGGAUACAGUGGUUGCUGGGGACGACAGCUUGGACAGGAAAAAGCCAACAGGCGUGGAUGGCCGACGUCAAACCAUGAGCAGCAACACCGACCCUCGUCCGGCUGGGGGCACGAUGGAGCGACGGCACACCAUCUGUGGAGUCGACUGGAGGACGUCGCUGUCCAGGAGUAACCACGACAAAAACCAGAACGUGGAGAGAGGGGGAGGUGGUGGGGGAGAGAGAGGAGGAGGAGGUGGGGGAGAGAGAGGAGGAGGAGGAAGUUUAGAGAGGAAGAGGGUGGGAGGGAGCUGGGAGAGGAGGCAGCAAACACGCAAAACAGGUGGGAGCUGGGAGAACCGCAGAGCGAGGCCAAUGAGUGGGAGCUGGGGGUUGGGGGUAGGUAGUGGUGGUGGAGGGAGCUGGGAGAGGAGGGGAGGAGGUGGUGGAGGAGCUGGAAGCUGGGAAAGGAGGGGAGGAGGUGGUGGUAGUGGUGGCGGGGGGAGCUGGGAGCGGCGGCAAGCCUGCACUGGAAGCUGGGAACGGGGGAAGAGCUACGGCAGCUGGGAGAGGAGGAACCACAAUCCACUGGAGCCGACGCCCUGCCCUGACGCCUACUGCAACCUGGUCAUCCUGGCUGUGGAGAACAGGGAUGCUGCAGAGGAGUACUGUUCUCUGAUCUGUCAGAUGUUCCAGAUCAUUUACGGCCAUCAAACCAUCGAGUGUGUCGACAGAGCAGGGUUUCACCACUCCAUGCCGGACCGCUAUUGGCUGGAGAGAAGUGACAGCUGUCUGACUGACAUGUCCUACGGUUAUGAUCCAGAGUUUAGCUGCUGCAGCUCAUAUGAAGGCUCCCAGGAUGCUUUUGAGCUGUACUACAGUGAAACGUACAGUGAGAGUUCAUCUCUCUCGCUGCAGGACUCUCAUCGCAGUCUCGCUUCAGCCAGUGAGGGAGGAGACAGUAACCCAGCCCUGCUGCUGAUGCAGGAGUACAUGAUCACUCUGCGUAACAAGCUGAGUCCGGUGGAGUUGCAGCACUUUGCGGUGUUGCUGAGAGAAUAUAGACUGGCAUCAAACAUCGACCACUUCUGCUACGAGCUCCUGCAAUUGUACGGAGACAACCGCAAGUUCCUGCUGAUGGGCAUGCGUCCUUUCAUCCCAGACAAGGACGUCGGGGUGUUUGAGAGUUUCCUGGAGAGUAUCGGGAUCCGUGAGGGUGGUAUUUUAACCGACAGCUUUGGACGCAUCAAACGCAGCAUGAGCAACACAUCAGCUACGGCCAUGAGAGGGUAUGAUAACUGCUCUCUGGCCUCAGGAUCUCAAGAAUUCAACCGACGCAUUACUGACAUCACCCACGACAUCCAGGCGCUUGGCUUCCAGGACACACACGGAGACAUUGAGGAGGAAGACUACUACCUCUGAUGCAGGGAUGAAGGAAAACAGAGAGCGAUUGAUUCCUUGUUGAAUUCAGUUUGAACUUUGAAUCUGCCACGGUGUACCUGAGCAAGAGCAGCGUGUCCACAGUUAAUUUUCUCUCCACAAUAAACCGUAAAUAUAAAUCAUCUGACAGAGGCAGCCUUUUUAAUGUUGACAAAUGCAGUUUUGAAUGCAUCACACAGUAAAUGGACAGCAAAAUGUAUACUAUGAUUAAACUUGUAAUAAAUAACUGCUGCUAAAAUGAAAAUGAAAACUACAGAUUGUGUAUUCUAGUGCAUCGGUAUUUCAUUCGUAUUAAAAUGUACCUGAAUGAAACUGAAUUUUCUUCCUUUGGCUAUCAUUUAAGAGAGAGAUCAAUGAUAUCUAAAUGUGAAAAAUGACAUUUUCAGAAGGGGCAGUAGAGUUUUCUUGUCGAGGCUUCACAAUCCAAAGGUCGUGAUUAGAGUAUAUGUCGACUAGUGUCGGACAAAAUUAUCCGAAAUAAAUGAAAUUUCAAUCUAAAUAUCUCAUAACUAUAAAAGAUAUAAAAAUAAAAAAACAAAAU